UCCUCUUAUUGCUCGGUCGGCGUGACCCGCAGGGUGCUACAGGGUGUACAGUGUGGGAGUAUGCUGGAAAGCAUUUUGUGAGAAGAGCUUGGCAUGUUAGAUCUUUGAUGACUCAGAGAUCAUAGAGAACGUUACCAGUGCUUAAAUGAGUAUGUGUGUGUGUGUGUGUGUGUGUGUGUGUGUGUGAGGGGGGGCUCACUCGUACCAGCUCCCGUCUUGUUCUUGAAGAACUCACGUUACUAAUAAGGGACACUGGUUCAGUAUUUAGACCUUUAUGACAGACUUUGUAGUCAGCUACUAACUGAAGAGGUUCAGCGUGACUUCUGUGGAGAACUAUUUUGUUUUAGAUGUGGAUCUCUUGCUUUGUGUUAAUAAUAGCUUUUCCUUUCCUCAGCACCAAUUAUUUUCUCUCCCGUCUCCCUCUCCAUGCCCCCUGCUCCCUGCCCCUGUGCUCUCUCACUUGCCUGCACUAAUCCUUUUGUUGUGGACUGAGGGGCCCAGGUUUUGGCUGACCGUUCGCCACUGUAGGUCUGGUUCAGCUGAAGGGUGCCCACCGUCCUGUCCUCCGCCAGAUCAGCCGGGCCUAUUUUUAACACGUCUCACAGCUCUUCUUUUCUGGAAGCUUUCAGCUCUCUCCUCUCGGUCACCUUGAUUCAAAUUUCUCUCUCAGUUUUUGCCUGUUUGUCUCAAUCAACUUCUUGUCGGACAGCCUUGGAAGGAACAUGCACUUCAGGGGCAGUGCUCCCACUUUGCUGCUGUUUCUUUGUCUGCUGGAGGUGAGAGGGCAGAAGUACCUGCAGGAGACUCUCCGGGCCUUGGAUCUGCCCCUGGAUACCGACAAAGAGCCACAGCUGCAAAAGAACCACACCGGUAUCCUGAUCGCCAAGCUCCUCCAGGAGGUGCACUGCGCAGAGCGGACCGGCUCCUCUCAGGAUGUCUGCAGCAAGUGCCUGACACCAGAGGUAGCUCUCUCUGUGCUAGAGGAUGACGGGAAGGCUUACCUCACUGAGAAGGACUUCCAGCGGAUCUCCACUGUUCUGCUGUACUACAUAAUUAACUUGCAAGACCUGUGUGUGUCAAAUGCUGCAUCUCUUUCCCCGUCCUCCUCCUCCUCCUCCUCCUCCUUUGGGAACUAUCAGUUCUACAUUAUGGCCCUCACCAAUCUACACCCGGCUGAGGACAACCGCUUCCUAUCAUCCAGAGAAACAGAAAGUAUUCUGCAGCUCAUCAACCAGCACCCCUCCGAUCGAGACGCCUCAUCUGAGUUGCAAUGUAUUGAUGUCGCUCGCCUCCUUGAAGAAGUUGACGUGCAAGAAAAUCCAGGUGCUAAUGGGUCUUCUGUGCCCAAACUGGCUGCAGCCAUCAUCAGCCAUAUCCUGCAGGGCCACUGUUUCAGACUGAGGAAACUCCCGUCUCCUGCUUUCUUUACCGACUAUAUCUUUCAAUCCCUAAAUCGCACAAGUAACCUGCAGAUGAUAGAUUUGGAGGAGUUGCUUCAUCAGCUGGGAGUAGGACGGGAAGCAGCGACACACUCUCACAACAAGAAGAGGCGGAGCUCACAGAAAGGGGGCGGGCCUCCACUGGAUGGUUGCAACCAUGAAAUUGCAACGAGCAGAGACUGGGCACAGGUAUGUUUUUCCGCCAAUCAGCUGGUGGAUAUUUUUGCUCUGAACCAUCACCUGCCAAUUUCCAAGGAGCACUUCAGUCAAAUGUGCCCAGCCAUCAUUCAGCAGUUGCUAGGCAAUGCCUGCGAGUCUGCAGAGGAAAAAAGAAGAGGCUCGCUGCCCACUGCACUCGAGAAGUACGGCUACAGCACGGCUGCCGUCCUGCUCAUCACGUUGGGCUCCAUGUUCGGUAUCUGCCUGAUCUUCUUCAACUCCUGCCAGGAAACCUACACACUCAUCCUGCAGCUGUUUGUGGGCCUGGCGGUGGGAACCCUCUCAGGAGAUGCACUCCUGCACCUCAUACCGCAGAUCCUUGGCCUCCAUGAUGACACUCACAGUCAUGAUGACGAACACUAUACAGAAGGAAAGGAGUAUCUGUGGAGGAUUCUGGGCGUGAUCGCAGGGAUCUACAGCUUUUUCCUCAUGGAAAGAAUCUUUUCCUUAUUUGUUCCCUCUCAUGGUCAUGGUCACAGUGACCUUCCCUUAGAGCUCAACUGCAAUGGCCAGUCACAGAGGGGCAAGUCCAUCUCCACCAUACAGCUGGGCCCGGUGGAUGACUUGGAUUGCACAGAAGUAUCUCCCGAACACGUAGACACGAGGAGCCCUUCACAUCCGAGACAAGGGGUUCCUCUGCUGGCUGUGAUGAUAAUCGUGGGAGACAGCCUCCAUAACUUUGCCGAUGGCCUGGUUGUCGGAGCGGCCUUCUCCUCUUCAUCCGAGACUGGCAUGGCGACCACCGUGGCCAUCCUGUGUCACGAGAUCCCGCACGAGAUGGGGGACUUUGCGGUGCUGUUGAGCUCUGGACUCUCAGUGAAGACUGCUGUGCUAAUGAACUUUCUCAGCGCUCUGACCGCCUUCAUGGGCCUCUACAUCGGACUGUUUGUUUCCUCAGAAAUGGAAGUGCAGCGGUGGAUCUUCGCCGUUACCGCUGGGAUUUUCCUCUAUUUGUCACUGGUAGAAAUGCUUCCAGAGAUGAAUCGAGUGAAGACAGACAGACCGUGCCUCCUGUUUCUCCUGCAGAACCUCGGGCUGCUGAUGGGUUGGGCCUGUCUUCUGCUCCUCGCACUCUUUGAACAUAAACUCAAAUUCUAAAUGCAGUGUACGUGAGUGGUGACGUGUAUCUCUUCGCACAGGGUUGAGCCAAAAACAAAUGUUGACUUGUUUUCUAGGGUUUUAUUUUAUUUUCUAUUUGAAAGUCUUAGUGAGUGCAACCAGGAUGUUAGUAUUUCAGGAUGUUGUAGUCUCAGCACUGGAUGGUAAAUGUGCGUUAGCUGUAUGAAUUAUCUCUUUUUUUUUUUUAUACUUGAUGAUUUAUUUUUGUAUGUUAGGGACACUUAAUAGUUUAAACUCUGAUAAUUACCUUAUUUGACAGAUUCAGGUAGAAUUUAGCAUUUUUGUUUUUCUGUGAAAUAUCUACACGGCCUCAGACAAUCAAAUAAUUUGAUUAACUAUAAGCAAAAUAUAAAGUAAAUCUACUGGUCUAUA